CUCUCUCUUCCUCUACUGCCAAACACUGCCUACCACUCGUUGUUCUCUCCCCUGAUCUCUUCUCUGCUCUUUUCUCUUCUCCGUUUUCCGAUUCCCCAUGGGGUGAACCACGAGCCUGAUUCCAACAAGCAAGUAGUACUAGCAUUAAGCCAAUAACAAUGGAGUGGGACAGCAAUUCGGAUCUGAGCGCCGAGGAGGAGGAGGAGGAGGAGGACGAGGAAGAGGUCAGCUCCUCCUUCUUCAACGACGACGAGGCCGCGGGUAUGGGCCCGCUUCCUUUCCCCGUCGAGAAUUUGCUCCACACGGCGCCGUGCGGCUUCGUCGUCACGGACGCCAUCGACCCUGAUCAUCCCAUCAUCUACGUCAACACCGUGUUCGAAAUGGUCACCGGCUACCGCGCCGAGGAGGUCCUCGGCCGCAACUGCCGAUUUUUGCAAUAUAGAGGGCCAUUUGCCAAAAGAAGGCACCCACUAGUUGAUUCUGCAGUAGUGUCAGAAAUCAAACGAUGUAUGAAGGAAGGCAUGGAAUUCCAAGGAGAGUUGUUAAACUUUAGAAAAGAUGGUUCUCCAAUGAUGAAUAGGUUGCGGCUGACACCUAUAUAUGGAGAUGAUGAUAUGAUAAGCCACGUCAUUGGAAUUCAGUUUUUCACAGAGGCAGAUAUUGAUCUAGGUCCAGUGCCUGGUACAACCAUCAAGGAGUCCGCAAAGUCUUAUGAUCGGUUUCAUGCUUGUCUUUCCGCUUUUCGUCCUGGACUGCCUGUGGGCGAGCGAAAUAUUUGUCGUGGAGUUUGUGGGAUAUUGCAAUUAAGUGAUGAGGUUAUUGCUAUGAAGAUUUUAUCUAAGUUGACGCCUAGAGACAUUGCCUCUGUGGGUUCAGUCUGUAGGCGACUCUAUGAGCUUACAAAGAAUGAGGACCUUUGGAGAGUUGUCUGCCAGAACGCAUGGGGUAGUGAAACAACCCGUGUUUUACAGGCUGUGCCUGGUGCGAAGAGGCUAGGUUGGGGUAGGCUGGCACGUGAACUGACCACUCUUGAAGCAGCAACAUGGAGAAAGGUCACUGUCGGAGGUGCUGUGGAACCCUCACGCUGUAACUUUAGUGCAUGUGCAGUUGGUAAUCGUGUUGUUCUUUUUGGUGGCGAAGGCGUUAACAUGGAACCAAUGAAUGACACCUUCGUAUUAGAUCUAAAUGACAGUAACCCAGAAUGGCAGCAUGUCCAAGUGAGCUCCCCUCCUCCUGGUCGUUGGGGCCAUACACUUUCUUGUGUGAAUGGGUCACAUUUGGUGGUAUUUGGAGGCUGUGGUACGCAAGGCUUGCUAAAUGAUGUUUUUGUACUGGAUUUGGAUGCAAAACCUCCAACAUGGCGUGAAAUAUCUGGCUUGGCUCCUCCUCUUCCAAGAUCAUGGCACAGUUCCUGCACUCUUGAUGGCACCAAGUUAAUAGUUUCAGGUGGUUGUGCAGACUCUGGAGUCCUUCUCAGCGAUACCUUUUUGCUUGAUCUCUCGAUGGAAAAACCUAUCUGGAGAGAGAUUCCAGUAGCAUGGAAGCCCCCUUCCAGAUUAGGUCACACCCUGUCUGUAUAUGGUGGUAGGAAAAUAUUAAUGUUUGGGGGUCUUGCCAAGAGUGGGCCACUUCGGUUUCGUUCGAGUGAUGUAUUUACAAUGGACCUUGGUGAGGAUGAACCCUGCUGGAGGUGUGUCACUGGGGGUGGAAUGCCCGGUUCUGGAAAUCCAGGAGGAAUGGCUCCUCCUCCUAGACUGGAUCAUGUUGCUGUGAGUCUCCCAGGUGGAAGAAUUUUGAUCUUUGGUGGGUCUGUUGCUGGUCUUCACUCUGCUUCACAACUUUAUCUACUGGAUCCAACUGAUGAGAAACCUACAUGGAGAAUAUUAAAUGUACCUGGGCGGCCCCCAAGAUUCGCCUGGGGACAUAGCACAUGUGUUGUUGGGGGGACAAGGGCAAUUGUCCUUGGUGGUCAAACUGGAGAAGACUGGAUGUUAAGUGAGCUUCAUGAACUUUCACUAGCAAACUCGGUAGUCUGAUUGAGAGUUAUGGUUGUAAUGUGGUGUAACCGAAGGGCACAGAAGCCAACAACUCCAGCAUUUCAGAUCAUUCUUAAUCAGGAAGAAAUUGCUGUUCCAGUCACUAAUCACUCUUGACAAUUGUUACAUUAGUUGGGACUCCUUUUGGUUCUGAAAGUUUCUUAUAUGGAUUUGUUCUGGCAUGGGGUGACAUUUCAGUUAAUACAAAGGGAUCUGAAACAAUGUUUGUUUUUUGUGAGGUUUGUGUUAGACUGCUCCAGUACAGACAAUGAAUAAUUCUUUCUUGUCAGGUCAGUAGUAUAUAAUGGACAGGUAGGCUUAUAUAUGUAGGAUUAGUUUAUUAUUAUGCCUGUGUUAUCUGAAUUCAGGUUCUGUAAUUUGAACCAAACAUGAAGAUGAUGCCUGUUAAUACUUAAUAGUAAUGUAUUGCUAGUUAGAUAUGUAA